CAAAAGUAGAGGUUGAUGCCCUACAGCAGUACCAGUACUAUAGCCCUACUCAAGCUAGACAAAUGACCGUACCACGCGAAAAAUCCUAGCAAUUUAUAUAAGUUGGAAAUUCCUGAUUAUCCUGGCCAAUAUUUAUAUAGUAGUAUCUCCGUGUUCUUUUCUUUCAAGUAUAUAUUUUGCCCUAGUGCUACCUUGAUAGUAGUUGAUAAUUGCAGCCAAAUAGCCUGAGUGGAAGAUGUUUCCAAGACUGGAGCUCUUGCUUCCACUAAUUUUCUGCCUCCACUCUCAUCUCGUGGCAUUGGCCUGGGAUCCUGACCCCGUGCAAGAUUUUUGCAUACCCAAUGCAAAAGUUGGCUCCAAUAAUGCCAGAGCGCAGUGCAAAAAUUCAACGGAGGUUACCCCUGAUGAUUUCGUGUUUUCGGGUGUAAAAGCCCCUGGAAACUUCUCGGAAACUGGCCUCUCGGCAAAAUCGGUCAACCCCGCCACUUUUCCGGGGCUUAACACCCUAGGAAUGUCAUUUGUACGGGCAGACCUCCAGGUUGGUGGCAUCAAUGCUCCACAUUUUCAUCCCAGAGCGACGGAAAUUGCAUUCGUGGUGCAAGGAAAGGUUUAUUCUGGUUUUGUGGAUUCGACGAACCGAGUUUUUGCCAAGGUGAUUGAGCAAGGUGAAGUGAUGGUGUUCCCAAGGGGUCUAGUUCAUUUCCAAAUGAAUGUUGGCGAGUCCACUGCUACCGUCUUUGCAAGUUUCAACAGCCAAAAUCCAGGAGUGCAGAAAAUCCCAUCUACCAUUUUUGGUUCCGGAAUCAAUGAUGAGCUAUUGGAGAAAGCUUUUGGGUUGACCCUCGAGCAGAUUGGGAAGAUGAGGAGGAGGUUCUUUCCUGGAAGGAAAGGUUAGCCAUUCUCAGGAAUCUGCGUCUACCAGUUGCGUCCUUCAGUUCGGAGCUGAUUCUAGCGGUAAAUCCUGGCCAAGCAUUUGUCAGGUGAUUAGUCGGUUCCUGGUUCCAGGUUUUAGAUGAAGGGCGGCAAUUAGCUUACUUGUGCAUUGUUUUGGUCGUUUUUCAAUUUAAAUAACCAAAAAAAAAAAAAACCCAGAUUCUGUUUCGAUAUUCCCAUGCCAUAUGUUAGUUCCUUAUUAAGCCGUCAUGCUGCUUGUUUAAAAA